CUUGCAGGCCGGGGAAUAUCCAUGUCGGCGGCGCUUCGAUCCGCGGCGAGGAGGCUCGGCCGUGGCUCCCUGCUCCAGCGAACGCAGUCGGAGGGGCUCUUCUCGCCUAGCAGAAGCAGGCUCGUCCACACCAGUGAGCAUGCUCCUACAGACCUUACGCGUGAGAUCCAGGAGAAGAGAGAUGAGGUACGAAACUUGGUAUCUAAGGCGGUGCAGAAGAAAAGGGAGUUGUAUGCGUUGGGUAAGGCAGACAAGAAUUGUGAGACUCUUGGUGAGCAUCACAUGCUUCCACUAGCACUCCCAUAUCUUUCUCGGCAAAAAGUCGUUCCAAAACCACAUGGCACUCUCAGGACCUUGAUGCGGUUCGCUACAAGGGCUAACGCUUUGCUGGAUGCAGCUGCCCACGCGACAAUCUUCAUUUUGGUUACUACUGCUUGGGUUAGAGCUAGGGGCGGCAUUGGGGUAAAAGCCCAAACUGUUGAUGAGGAAAAUCAGGGAAGACAAGAUUGAAAAUUGAGAACCAAAGAUGGCUCCGCCAGCUUGUUUUCAGUUAAGUUAUGAUGACUUACAGUUUGGCUAGCUAGCUAGCACUAUGACAUUGUUGUGAUAUUGUGUGACAUGAUAUGUUAUCGUAUCUCUAUCUA